AUGAAAUUCUUCAAAAUUCAGGCACCAAACGAGGAUCUAUGGCUGCGACUAGUGAGGACGCCAUCGCAUCUGCAGUUGUUAGGACCCUUCUCCGAAGUAGCAGAAGCCUACCACAAAUCGAUGGAGGUACCAGAGGUGGCGGACAGGGUAACCUGCGAAAUCGACCAUGGGUUGACGCCGAAUAUGCCAGUCGAAGACCUGAUGGAGAGGUUACUAUGGCGCCACAGUUUUGUCCGCCUGAAGCUCAAACAAACUGAGCCAGCAGACUUACUGCACGUGCGCGGGAGUAGCGAACGCAUCAUCAAAUGUCUACUUUCCCAGCGCCGCAAGGGCUUUACGUCGACAAAGCGCAUCUUCCACCUCGAAUUUAGCGCACUCCACCGCCACGGGUCUUUUGCAGACGACGCGAAGCAGGGGAAUCUCUUCUGGUGCGGUAGACACGAAGCGAUCUCGGCGUCUUUCUAUACUGCCGGCAAGCGCUUUCAGCUCGACUUCUGCUUGGCCGACUUUCAUCUAACUCGGAAGUCUCGGAACUAUAUGUACUCCGCAUAUACAAGUGACUGGUAUCUAGUAUUCCACAAACUUUUCGCGCAUGUUGCAACCGUGGACAUCGAAGUUGCUGCAACUUCGGGGCCGGCCGACGACCUAUGGCUGCGACUACUGAGGACACCGUCGCAUCUGAAGUUGUCCGGUGUCGUCAUGCCCCCCAAAAGAGUUUUCGGCCAAAUAGCAGCAGCCUACUACAAGACUUUGCAAGUUCCAGAGGUGGCGGACAAGGUAACUGUCGAAAUCUAUCGGGGGUUGACGCCGAACAUGCCGGUCGAAGACUUCAUGGAGAAGCUACUAUGGCGCCACAAUUUCGUCCACCUGACGCUCAAACAGACUGAGCCAGAAGACUUGGUGCAUGUGCGCGGGAGCAGCGAACGCAUCAUCAGAUUUCUGCUUUCCCAGCAUCGCAAGGGCUUUGCGUCGACAAAGCGCAUCUUCUACCUCGAAUUUUGCGGACUCGGCGGGUUUUUUUCAGGCGACGCAGAGCAGGUUUACGCACAAGAACUGUUUAUUGAUCCGUUAAAAAUGCUGAUCAAGCGUGCCGAUAUCAAAAACACGCUAAUGUACGUUGAAUCAAAUGCAGGAUGGGGGAGCCUCUUUUGGUCGCAGGGACGCGAAUUGAUCUCGGCGGCUUUCGAUCGUGUCGGCAUUGGCUUUCGUCUCAAGUUCAGCUUGGCCGACUUUCCCCGGCUUGGGGGGCCUCUGCACUACGGGUAUGCCGCGUACACAAGCGACUGGUAUCGAGUCUUCCACAAAUUUUUUGCGCAUGUCGCAGCCAUGGACGUCGAAAUUGAUGCGAUAACGGGGCCGGCCGACGACCUAUGGCUGCGACUACUGAGGACACCGUCGCAUCUGAAGUUGUCCGGUGUCGUCAUGCCCCCCAGAAGAGCUUUUGGCCAAAUAGCAGCAGCCUACCACAAGACUUUGCAAGUUCCAGAGGUGGCGAACAAGGUAACUCUCGAAAUCUUUGGGGGGUUGACGCCGAACAUGCCGGUCGAAGACUUCAUGGAGAAGUUACUAUUGCGCCACCGUUUUGUCCACCUGAAACUUCCACAAAUCAAUCAAGAGGACUUGCUGCAUGCGCCUGAGAGUAGCGAACGCAUCAUCAGAUGUCUGCUUUCCCACCGUCGCAAGGACUUUGCGUCGACAAAGCUCAUCUUCUACCUGGAGUUUUGCGGACUCGUGGGACGUUUUCCCCGAGAAGAGGCUAAGCUGAAGGUACCCAUCAUUUCUAGUCAUGGUAUCGGAGGCCGGCACUAUACGUUGCACGCCUAUACGCACGACUGGUAUCGAAUCUUCCACAAGCUUUUCGCGCAUGUUUCAACCUUCGACAUCCGCGUUCGUAUGUACAAGGUGUCGAGCCAAGAUCUAUGGCUGCGACUAGUGAGGACGCCAUCGCAUUUGACGUUGUCUGGGCCCUACGACGCAGUAGAAGCAGAGUACCACAAAUCGCUGGCGUUUCCACAUGUGGCGGACAAGGUCACCUGCAAAAUCGAAGAUGGGUGGACAGCGAAUAUACGUGCCGAAGAUCUGAUCGAGAAGUUGCAAGCGCGUCACCGUUUUGUCCACCUGGAACUUACACAACGCGAGCAAGUAGAUUUGCUACACGUUCAUGGGAGUAUCGAACGCAUCCUGAGAUUUCUACUUUCUCAGCAUCGCAAAGGCUUCACGACGACAAAGCGCAUCUUCUACCUGGAAUUUAGCGGACUCGGGGGAGGA